UACAAAGUGAAGAGAAUUACUCUGGACGUCGUUACAAAUUUGUAAUCAUGAAUAUAAUUUUGAGCUGCGCCUUUAUUUUAACAAUAACGACCCAUUGUUACGGUGUGUCCAGGAUCAGUGUAAAACACUCAAAUUAUACUUAUAACUACGGCUUCCAAGAUCAGAGCGGGCUCGCCAUAAACCGAGCCGAAGAUGGAACAUGGAAAGUUCAAUCUCUAAGCAAUUCUAAACCCCAAUAUUCUUACUCAUCAAGGACAACUAAAGAAUCUUUUAAUUCCGACCCUCAGAGGACAGAUUCUUAUCAGCGCCAUUAUCAGGAUAGAAUGACUACAACACCUGAACAGCCGACGCCAUCAAACAGACCGAGGCCGCCAAUCAACAACAUGGAUCAUACGACUCAACCAGGCGUUCCAGUAAGGAGACCAAAUAACCAGCCUUAUUAUCCACCCAAUCUGUCUACCACUGAACCAUCGGCACACCCGGUUUCCGGAUUUCCACAGGAAGAAGGUCAACGACCCCAGCAAGGUCAACGACCGAAAAAUAGGAAUACAGUUUUCACCAUGGUAGAUGACAAUUCAAAUGUACUUGUAUAUAACUCAAACGGUUUGCCGAUCUAUCAGAAUACGCACACGUUUUCUAGAAACCCACCAUAUGACUCCCCACCCCGUCCUACUUAUCAGCCUAGACCUAGACCUGUAUACCAUCCCACCCCCGAGUACCCCCGACCUGACGCCCACUACCCAACAUAUUAUGAUAAUAACAACGGAGGCGUGUACGUCCAUCAAUCAGUCAACACAGGUGGACCAUUCCCAAAUUUCGUCAACAAUUAUGUACAUAUACCUUAUUAACCAUAUGUUUG